AUGGUAAAUGAAAUUAAGAAAACUGAGGAUAAGGUUAUCAGUACAUUAGGCGACAUUAAACGAGCAGUUUCAUAUUUUACGGACAUGUUUGCGGACAUGAAGGGGAACAUAACGGACGAAAUGUUAGAGAAAGGUGACGAGAUAGAAAGGAGGGAAGAAUCCUUCAAGAAAUUAUUUGAGGAGACAAGAACAAACCUCAUGAGUGACAUGGAAGCUAAAAGACAAGAGGAACUUAUUCAACUUCAGGAAUACUUCAAGAAAUUGUUUGAGGAGACAAGAACAAACCUCACGAGUGACAUGGAAGCUAAAAGAGGAGAACUUACUCAACUUCAAUGUAAACUUGAACGACCUCCAAUUGCUUUCCAUGCACAUCACGUGGCAGAUUUGGUUCUUGAUACUACAGAUGAGAUUGUUAUAUUUACGAAAAGUGUGAUUAACGAGGGAAAAGGUUACGACACCUCAACGGGAUUGUUCACGGCACCUGUUGGAGGACUGUACCAUUUUGUUGUUCAUACAUGUGCUUAUUAUAAUAGAUAUGCCUUUAUUGGUCUGGUGUUGGAAGGCAAAGUUAUUGCAUCAGAUUCAAACUAUGAUAAGGAUCAUUACACCUGUAGCACUGUUGGAGCAAUAGUAAGAGUUAGAUCAGGAGAAAAAGUUUGGGUCAAAUCAACAUCAUCAGCUUCUAACCGCCAGCUAGAACAAGACUCAUAUAGGAUGAACACAUUCAGUGGAAUACUUGUCAAUAACUGA